CAACUGAGGUAUGCAGGCGCCCCAAUAAAUAAAUCUUUUAAAAAAAAUAUGUUAGUCAUUGAUUCCUCCUCUUCCCGCCCACACUCCCAGAUCUAAUCAGCCUUCAGGGAGGCAGAUUAGCUUGUUCAGUCUUUAACAUUCAGCCCUUCUUUCCAUUCCCUCUGCCACCAUCUUCAUUCAGAUCCCAGUCACCUCACCACAUUCAUUAAGCCAGUGUUCCUCAUAUAACCGGCUUGUAGUGUGAAGCAUUCGGGCCUCCUAAGGGCUUCUCUUUGUCUCAGCACCCAGGAGACUAGUAGGGGAGGAAGUAAGAUUAACAUAAGUAUGGUGAAUCGGCCUACGACAAGCAAACAUACAGCAAGCAAUAUGUUACAGGGGUUAGAGGAAAGACAUCACUCCCAAAUGGGAUAAUCAGUGAAGACUUCAGAAAGGUACAGCAAUUGAGCCAGGCUUUGAGGGAGGGAUUGGAUUUAACAUCCAAAGAUAAACAAGAGAGGAUCCAAGGCAGAUGCAGAAGGAUAACAAAGGCAGAGGCAGGAGUGGAGGGCUUGUCUGAGUUGCUGAGUGGCUAGGCCUAACUAGAGAGGAGAGCACUGGAUCUCAAAUUUUAGCAUGGUUGUGCAGAUUUCCGAGCUCCGCUUCUGAUUCCAUGAAACAAAGCCUUCCAUGAAGGGAACUUGUUCCCAUACCACACUUUAAGAAACACUGGUUGAAGGGUUUUGAGUAGAGAACCUGAAAGAGAUCCAGCUGGAACGUGAGUUGGAAUCAGGUUCAUGUCAGCAUUGGAACAUUUAUUCUGCUAGUGAAUCAAAAGUUUUCUUAGCAGGUAAAUGAUAAGAUCAUAACUAUAUUUUGAAUCUGUUGGCAAAUGAUCAUGAGACACAAAGACCAGUAAGAUGGUUUUUUAUAAUGAAUCAAAUGAGAGAAAGAAGGUCUCAACUGGGUUGGUGGCAGUAAGAAUGAAAAGACAAGUGAAGGGUGGGAGACCAUUCUUCCAAGAAUUUGCAGGGCUCAGUGACUGACAGGUGUAGGGAAUCAAGAAAUGGUCAAAGUUAUCGUGUUUAUUCAAGGUACCCAAUUUGAGUAGCUGAAAAAUGGUGGUAGCAACCACAGAAAUAGAAAAAUUCAGAGCAACAACUGAUCUGGGAUGGACUUGAUAAUCUGUCUUGUAGACAUGCUGACUUUCAAGUACCACUAAGACAUAUGGGAGUAAGCAACAGACAGUUGGAAAAUGGAGUUCCGUAGAGCAGUCUGGGCUGGUGAGCUAGACAAGAGACUCAGUACAUAGUAGCAGGCAGCAUGGACAGACGUGACCAGUUAGAGAGCAAGGCUGGGAACACAGCCUCAGAGAAAGCACACACAUUAGGGAGCAGGAGAAUAAAAUGGGGUUUAAAAAAAGAGAGAGAUGGAGAAGAAACAAUCAGAAAUCUGUGAAACCAAAUUAUACAGUGCCCCGGGGUGGGGGGGAGGAGAAUGGUCAUGAAGUUGGAAAAAGGACUACAUUUGGAGAACCACAGGUGUAGAGGCCUUCUUGAGAAGUUCAACCGUGGAAGGUAGGAGAACAAGAGUAGCUUACAUGGAGGACAAAGGCAGAUUCUAUUUUUAGGAUGAGAAGAGACUAACUGUGAUCUUUGGGAAAGGGGGAAGGCUCCUGGGGGAGCUGGAAAUCAAUGAAUUAGAGAGUGAAGGAAUGAAACAAACCUACCUCCUAUGGACCCAGGUGCUUUCACAUAUGAAUGAAGGUCAAUUCUUAGACAGACAUUACCUUGCUUUUUUCUAACAGGGAAAUUGAGGCUUUUACCAUGGCUAUAGAAUGACCUUUGAAAAAUGUAAAUCAGAUCACGUCACACACACCCCCUUUGAUAGCCCAUCAUUGCACUUCUAGUAAAACAUGGGGAAACCUGGGCACAAAGAGGAUGAUUCACUUGUGCAAAGUCAGUUAGCAGGAAACAGAUUUGAAGCUAGGUCCUGCCUCCAGAGCCUGCACUCCUAAACAGGUAAUCCAAACCCCUUACCUUGGCUUACAAAGCCAUAAGUGCUCGGGCUCUUGCCUUCCUCUCCCACCUCUUGGCAUACCACUGUCCUGUCUUACUGGCUUCUCCGUUUUUCCAAACUGGCGAGCACAUUUCUACCAGGGCUUUGCACAAACACUUCCCUCUAAUUGCAGUGCUGCUUUCCUAGUUUUCACAAGUUGGCUUUAUGUCAUUGAUCUCAGCUCAGAUGUCACCUCAGGACAUCCCUGAUCAUCCAGUAAAAGCCACCCAGUCACUAUUACAUCACCCUAUUUUUAUUCUCUGAAGGACUUUUUAUCAUUUUCUUGUUUUCUUAUGGACGCCCGCCCCCAAGUAGAUUUAUGGGUCACUAGAUCAGGGAGCUCGUCUCCUUGGUCACUGCUGUGUGUCCAGAGCCUGGGAGGGAGGCCUGACGCACGGCGAAGGCUCAAUGAAUAUUUGUUGAAAGAAUGAAUGGCUCCAGUGUAGGAGACGCCCCAAGACGCAGGCCCAGAGUCGCCCGAGCGCGAGCACGCUGCCCGCGAGGCAUUCUGGGGGUUGUAGUUCCGGGCGCGUCCGCGGUGGCGCGGGCCUUCCGCGGCCGCGCUCUCUAUGCUCCAGGAGGACCAAGCGGCCCAGCUGUUGCCAUGGCUUCUACGUCCCGCGGCGGGAGGGAGGCGACCCCUGCAAGAGCCCGCUAGCUUGGGCCGCGAAGUGGACCGGGAAGCGGAAGAAAUCCGGUGCGCCAGCAGCCUUCCGUGUGCAAGAAUGGCAGUGAGCCACUCGGUGAAGGAGCGGACCAUCUCUGAGAACAGCCUCAUCAUCCUGCUGCAGGGCCUCCAGGGCCAGGUGACCACCGUGGACCUGCGGGAUGAGAGCGUGGCCCGCGGCCGCAUCGACAAUGUCGAUGCGUUCAUGAACAUCCGCCUGGCCAACGUCACCUACACAGACCGCUGGGGGCAUCGGGUCGCGCUGGAUGACCUCUUCGUGACGGGCCGUAACGUCCGUUACGUCCACAUCCCAGAUGACGUGAACAUCACGGCGACCAUAGAGCGGCAGCUGCAGGUCAUCCACCGGGUACGCAACUUCGGCAGCAAGGGCCAAGGCCGGCAGGAGUUUCCCUCCAAAAAGUAUAAGUGAGCCUUGUCCUCGGCCAGCCUCUGUCCCCACUCAGGUUCCUCCAGAGUUCUACUGAGCCAGCCGCCUGCUACCCUCCCUGCCCGGAGCCGGGAAGGAACGUGGGGCCAGGCCAGAAACUGGUGUCUCCGACAGACGCCCCCUGUCCCAGCUGCCUUUCACAAGGUCCCGUCUCCUAGACUCACUUGGGGAUCCUACUCAGCUGUCUGUGGCCUCGAUCAUCGACAGCAGAAUCUGAUGCACUGAUUUAGGGAGUCUGCCACAUAGUUUUCAGCCCUCUCCCAGUGAGGGUUCUCGAGUGUACUCAGCCUGAGCCAGCCCCGAGUGUUCCAGGUUCUCACAGUCCUGUUUGCUUUCUCAUAAAAGUUCACUAUGAACAAG